AUGAAUUCUGCUGUGAUUAUUUUGAUUUUGAUUAGUAACGCGUAUGCAAGAACAAUGGUACCAUUGUAUCUUGAGGGCAAGAAGGUGCCAUUAGAGCAAUCAAUAAACGAGCAAUUAACUAUCAAUGGUUCGGCUCAUUUUUCCGCGCAAAAUAAUAAUCCUCCACCGUCUUCGCAUCUCUAUCCGACUUAUCCGGAAUACUCGAACAAUAAGAACGGUAUUUCACUGCGUACGGAAUACGAAAGCUACAUUAUCCCGACAGCAACGGCUGUACAGAAAACUUCCGGAUGGUCGUACGAAAAUAUCGUUUCCAGUUUAAUACCUUUCGUCACCAGUCUGAUUCUCUAUGGUACUCGCGCUGGCACCUUCGUGCUGCGAUUUUUGAUGGUCAUUCUUGUGGGUGUUGCUUCUACCAGUUUGAUUUGCAUACAUACGUCGAUUUGCAACAUCAGUUUCCCGGGUAAAACCGAGGUAAAGGAAUUAGCCCGCACGUAUGUUACGCCGGAAAAUUUGGACCUCUUCACUAUGAUGAUGACUAGAGCGCUCGAUAAAUACAGUUCUAUGCAGUACAAUGUAGAUAAAGAUGAUAACAAGGAAGAUAAAAAGUCAAACAAGAUAAACAAACAAGAUAAAAGUCAGGAACAAUAUGCAAAAGAAUUAUCCGACAAUACGAAAAUUCAGUAAUACUGUUUUAUACAUUUUUAUGCGCGGAAUUUCUUUUGUUAAAUAUCGCUCACAAAAUAUUUAACAUCUAUGUAAUUUGUUUGUCAUUAUAUUUCGCAUAUAUAUUUUAUACUA